AUGAGCAACUCAGCUGGAAAGCGCAAGUCAAUUGUCCCUCCUACCAAUGAUCAGAAAAGAGUCAAGUUACAAAGCGGAGCCGUUGCCGAGGCCAAUCCGAAAAAGAACAAAAAGGACAAGGAGACUAAUAGUGGACAAUCGGAGCCAUCGACGACCAAGAACCCUACAGCAACAUCGCCAUCAGCAGCUCCCAAAAACCGUCCCAGAAUUCGGAAACUCGCGCCGCCACGGCCAUUCCCAACAGUUGCACCGUCCGCACCUGCCACAGCACCGCGUUCCUUGCAUACCGAAGGCAAGAAUAACAUCUGUAUCACGCGGCGUACCAAGCUAGCCGCUUACCUGCGCCGAUGCAAGGCUCUGAUCCUCGAAGAUGGGUUUAAAGAGAUUCGAUUGAGCGCAAUGGGUGCUGCUAUCCCGCAUCUUGCGCUUUUGGCUGUCUCUCUGCCUCAAAUAGUGCCGGGCGAAUUGAACGUUGAAGUGCAGACGGGUAGCGUGGACGUUAUCGACCAGAUGCUUGAAGGAAGCGAGGAUGAAGAUAGUGGUGACAAUGACGAGGAAUUUAAAACAAGGGUCAAGUCGACAUUGAACGUCGUUAUUCGCGUAGGAGGCUCGGGGGACCCCAAGGUGAUAAGCAAUCCCGCGAAAGGACCAGCGACAGAUUCUAGUCAAAGCGAUGGAAAUAUUCAGCAACCGGAGCAGAUUGUUCUUCAGGAGCCUGAACAAGAAGACAUGGACCAGUCGUAG